CAGCUCUUGUUUCCUGUCAGCGUAAGGUUACCCAAUGCUGUCUUCAAUAGAUUGAGCCACUCUGAACCCAAAUGUAGAACAAGCAGGACACAGAAAAGACAGCGCGACAGGAGACUCCUCUCUCGUGAGAGGUCCAAUUGGUGAUUUCCCCCUCAAUGUGAUGACUUCGGAAUAUGAUGACUGUUUGAAAUAAUUAUCCAGUGCUUUGUUCCGGUGAAGGCUUGACUUGUGUAAUGUCUGGAGCCACAUGACGGUCCAGGCUGAAAGAAUGGAGGUGGCACUUGUUGACUUUGAGAAUGUGGAGAAUAUUGACAACAGUGUGGACAACUUCAAUGAUCCAGAUUAUCCCAAUGAGAUGACGGCUUUGACGCUAGACAUGUUAGACUUUGGGCCGGACAGCCCUUAUGCUUCAAAAAUGUCCCAAUUUAAAGAGAAGAGCCCCCAGAAUUUGGAAGUAUUACCACAAUCACCAGUCAUGCCCCCUCAUACCAGAAGAGGGCGUGCUAGUUGCACUAGCCUGAUUUCCAACUGGAAAUUACUUGUCAACAGUGAAGGGACACAAAGUGAGACUAUCUUUAGUCGGAUGGCCAAAGAGUGUUAUGAGGACUUAUUUGUUGACAAGCGAUGUCUUGAUGAUGGAGACCAGAAGGUCAUCAUUAACAUCGCUGGCCUUCGUUUCGAAACACGCGUCAAGACCCUCGACCAAUUCCCUGAUACUCUGCUGGGUGACCCUGUGAAAAGAAUGGGCUUUUUUGACCCAAUGAGAAAUGAGUAUUUCUUCGACCGUAAUCGGCCAAGCUUUGAUGGGAUCCUGUACUAUUAUCAGUCGGGUGGCAAAAUCCGCCGGCCUGCAAACGUACCUCUAGAUGUCUUCGCAGAUGAGAUCAUUUUCUACGAGUUGGGACAGGAGGCCAUGGACCAGUUCCGAGAGGAGGAAGGUUUCAUCAAAGACAAGGAUGUCCCUUUGCCUACCAAUGAGGUCUACAGGCAGUUCUGGCUACUUUUCGAAUACCCAGAGAGCUCAAACGCCGCCCGAGGGGUUGCUUUAGUUUCCAUUUUUGUCAUCGUCAUCUCCAUCAUCAUAUUUUGUAUGGAGACUCUCCCAGAAUUCCGCGAGGACCUGGAGAUUUUUCCAGCUGUGAGUCUUUCCUUAAACCAGACACCGGGUACGAGCCAUCCCUUGAGUUCUCCAUCAAGCCCCACUCCCAAAACCAUCGCCAGCACCUUCUCCGACCCAUUCUUCAUAAUUGAGACGGCUUGCAUCAUCUGGUUCUUCUUUGAGCUUUGUGUGAGAUUUCUGGUCUGUCCCAGCAAACGGGAUUUUUUCAACAACAUCAUGAACAUAAUCGACCUCAUCUCCAUAAUUCCUUACUUUGUCACUCUGAUAACAGAAAUAGUGACCACAGCCGACAAGUCUAAUACAGGGCAGAACAUGUCCCUAGCCAUCCUACGAAUCAUAAGACUGGUGCGAGUCUUCAGGAUAUUUAAGCUCUCCAGACAUUCCAAAGGGUUGCAGAUCCUGGGCCAAACACUCAAGGCCAGCAUGAGGGAACUUGGUCUGCUUAUCUUCUUUCUCUUCAUCGGAGUCAUUCUCUUUUCCAGCGCCAUCUAUUUCGCUGAGGUGGACGAUCCCAACACCCAAUUUGUUAGCAUCCCUGAUGGAUUCUGGUGGGCAGUGGUCACCAUGACUACAGUGGGUUAUGGAGACAUGUGUCCCAUUACGCUGGGCGGUAAGAUUGUGGGCACUCUUUGUGCCAUUGCCGGGGUGCUGACCAUCGCCCUGCCAGUGCCUGUCAUAGUCUCUAAUUUCAACUACUUUUAUCAUAGAGAGACAGAGCAGGAGGAAAAGCCACCCAUAGCUGAGAGUGUCGAUCAAACUUUAAAAUCAGGAAACAUCACAAAGCCUUCAAGUAAUUCCUCUCUGAACAAGGUAAAUGGGGGCGUGCAGAACGACAAAUCAAAGUAUUAAGAAAAAAUAAACUAAUAGGCACAAAUAAUUGGACAAGUACUUGACAGGCUUCACUACUAAUUUCUUUUUUGCAUAAUUCUAUUGCAUUUUCAGUUCCACCAUUUUGCAUUUGAAAUAAUAAUCAAUAAUGUUUCUAUGAAUCAUGUGAUUGCUGUGGAAGCUUAGCCAGUAAGGAAGAAAAAUUUUGUUUGUUGUCCAAAUUGUGUCUCAUAUUCAUUCUGUGAUCAUUACAGUGCCUUUCAGUCAAAUGUUAAGAACCAUUAUUAUUUUCUCAAGUAGAAGCAAUAAAUUUAUGGACUAUCACCUCUGAUGUUUUUAACAAUUGCCUAAAAUUUGAUUACAUCAAAAAUCAAACAACCAUUGUUAUAACAGGGGAGAGAAUUGGGGAGCUAUGAGUCGACAUCUCAUUGUAUUAUCAUUGUAUUAAGUUUGCACAUAUGAGAAAUCUGACUCAAUAAGAAGCUCCUCAGGACAGUACUGGACAUAUACAAAGCUCAUUUUCUUUGUGAUGUUGAUGUUAAAUAACUGCUGCUAUUUUUUACUUAACUGAAUUUAAAUGUCAUUUUAAAACCAUGUUUUCGAAAAGCAGUUAGCAAUGUCUCUGUUGUUUUCACAGGGUAACUGGUUUGUUAUUGUUGUUGAUAUUGUGUAUCAGUGCAAGAAGAAUUUAUUAUGCAAAAUCUGACAUUUUAUUUGUGUAUUUUACAUCUAUGUUAUGGCCUUUCACAGGCAAUAUAAAUGUUUCUGGAAUUGUGCAAGAGAAUUGAAUUGAAUAAACUUAUUCUGUAAUUUGAAUUAAAAUCGAUGAGAAACCUGGUGUCCUUAUAUAUAAUAUAAAAAGUAUAAUAUUAAAAAAGAGGGAAAUUUCAAUCAUUUUAAUUUACGUCUGAAAAUUGGAAAGAGCUUAAACAAUUGAUCAUAAUGUAUGUGACUGUAAAU